AUGGCUCAACAAACAGCCAAUCCUCUAUUAUCACAAUCGCCAUCCCGACCUUCACCAUCCAAAACAUCUCCACCCUUACAAUCAACCACCUCUUCACGACCAUUAGACGCAAUCUAUGUAAAUGACGUGAGAUAUAGUAUAUUGUCCCAAGUUGGAGCAGGAGGCACCAGUAAAGUUUUUUGUGUAUUAUCCGAAGAUAACAAAAUGUAUGCCAUAAAACAAAUCUCGUUUGAGAAUGCUGAUGUACAGACAUAUCAAAUGUAUCUCAAUGAGAUCAACCUCCUUCAAGCUUUGAGUGACAGCGAACUGAUAGUAAAGAUGUACGACCAUGAGAUUAAUGCAACAUUUAAUCUUAUAUAUCUUGUAAUGGAAUUCGGGGAAGUUGACAUGGCCUGUCUUAUGGCAAAAGAAAGGAAAAGCUCGCUCAACCUGCACUUUAUUAGAUUUUAUUGGAAAAAGAUGUUGCAAGCAGUUAAUGUAUUGCAUAAUUCGAGGAUUAUUCACUCUGACUUGAAACCAGCAAACUUUAUGAUUGUUAAAGGCGAACUGAGAUUGAUUGAUUUUGGAAUUGCCAACAAAAUUGCGAACGAUACCACAAAUGUCCACCGUGAUCACAAUAUGGGAACACCGAACUACAUUUCACCAGAGGCAUUAUUGGAUCCAGGAGGUGGUCCUGGCUCGGGAAGACCAACAGUGAUCGGAAAACCAAGCGAUGUGUGGUCAUUAGGGUGCAUUUUAUAUCAAAUGGUGUAUGGCCACACACCAUUUCAGCAUUUAAAUAUGUGGCAAAAGAUACAAUGUAUACCGAAUCCGAAUUAUCCAAUCAAGUACCCGGAUAUAGCCCUACUACAUGUACCAGUUAGUGAAGAGUUAAGGAAUCUACUGGAUGGCUGUCUUCAGCGCAAACCAAAAGAUCGACUGACUAUACAAGAGAUUCUUGCUCAUCCUUUUUUUUCACAAUAA